AUGACACGGGAACCAUGGGACGCAAAAGCCCGAGUUUCGCUUGACAAACCCGAUCCAGGUCUGGAUCCAAACGCAUUUUCCGUCGUUGCCUCGACCCUGACGAUCCUCACCGUCCUGUCCCCGACAAACGCGGCGCCGCUCGACGGCGUUUUCGCAGUGGCGGCGUCAGCGGGCAGCGAAUCGGCACCCGUGCAAUCGAACCCAAACGCGAAACCCGGAUUCAGUUACGGAUUCGCACACACGGCGCCGUUGGCGUCGUUCGGUGCCCCACACCAUGGACACCGCCAAGGAACAAACGACGCAGACGCCGAGGGUUACUUGGCGACCCAGUAUCACACGCAGAGUAACGUCGGGGACGCCGCUUUCGGGUACGCACACCCGGGCCAGGCUCACGCUUCCAUCAGGGACGCCAACGGCGGCGUCACGGGGUCGUACUCGUACAUCUCGCCAGAAGGACACCCAAUCCACGUUUUGUACGUGGCCGAUGCUGCGGGAUUCCGCGUCAUUUCAAACGCACUGCCGGAUGCCAACGGCGACAUCCCGCUUCACGCCCAGGCCGCUCUGCCGACACCAGUACAAGAAACACCGGAAGUGCAAGCCGCAAGAGAGGAGCACAUGCGGUUGUUCGCAGCCAUCAAGUCAAGCCGUCAGCCUCAGCAAUCAUGAACCUCCACACCAAAAAUUAUAUAAUGU